GGCAACCAGGACUGACAGAUUCAACUAACGUACAUUAGACAGUGACUAAUGGGCAAAGGUCCUACGGACCGCCCAGACUAACAAAUGACGAAUAGAAGAAUACAGGAGCAGGAUAUUUUCCGAGCGAAUGAGAAGAUACUCCCUCGACUAACUGCGCCACCAUGUUUGUAUCCAUAUCUAUCGUCUAUCAAUGAUCACGUCACGCCUGUCACUGUCAACCAGAAUUUGAUGUCCAAAAUUCGCUGCUAUUCGAUGUUUGCUUGGGAAGUGAUCGUAUUUUCCACUCUACUGGCUUAUCAGAUUUCAGCUGAUGAUAAACCGACUUUGUUGAGAAAGCCAUGCAGCGAAGAAGAGAAUUUCAUGGUGAUUUUCGUAAACUCGGUUGAUAAGAAACUACUCUGCGUUGGCACCUUGGUCAACAAUGAAUACGUACUAACUGCGGCAUCCUGCAGCCAAGUUUGGAUGGACCAACCUAUUAGCGUGGUAGCCGGGGUCUCCAAACAAGAUCUCAAAAGCCUCGAGAGAGUCCACAAUCGUUCAACAGUUUCCUUAUUCACUCAUCCCAACUACUACCUCAUCACCCAUGAUUUAAUGAUGGUCCAACUUGAUGAACCAAUCGAUGAAACACACAACGUUAAAUAUGUUAAGCUGCCAUGGGGGACUCAAGAGAGCUUGGAGACUGCAUGUGCCAGACCAACAUUGUUGGGUUGGAGCAUGCGUUCAAAUAUCGGAGCAGAGAGUGAGUCAAGCCUACUCUGCGCUGAUUUAAAGCUAUACCCCUUGGACCAAUGCAAGCAAGACUACAAAACGUAUCCGGAUCUCGAAAUAGAUAAUAAGACGAUGUGCACAAAAACAGACAAGAUGGACGCAUGCUACGGUGAUUCUGGAGCGCCUCUGAUGUGCGGAGGUAUACAAUACGGUAUCGUUACAUUUGGACUCGGUUGCGCAAAUGAACUGCCUGGUGUGUACACCCGAGUGGAUCAGCACAUGGACUUCAUAAAAGACGUGCUUGAUGGAAACAUAGAGCCCAGAAUUCCUGCUGGAAAAGCUGAAGGUCUACGCGGAGUAGUUGCAGCGAUGUUAAGUGUCGUUUUCACAUUUUUGUACUUGUUUGUCCAUAAUUAAACUUAUGCUUCUGCAUUUUAUUUCUUUUUCCUAGCAGAGCCCU